AUGCUGAAAGAAAAAAGCGCAAUUGACCUACUUCAUGUUGCAAAACAUGACGCAUCGAGCGUUGCCUUCUUACACUUUUCCAAUCAUGUUAUGGCCUCUGUUUUCUACAACACCCAUGACUCCACGGGCUUGAAUAUUGGUGGGUUGGUUUGUACAGUGAAAGCAACAAACAAGAAUGGCAUUACCACAACGUACAGCCAAGUUGAUAUGGUGCGUUUCUUGCCUACGUCUCGACCACGAACAAUCAUCCAACCUCCAGAAUCAGCCUCUCUACCUCCAGAACCAAGAAACCCACAGCCAACAACCACAACAAAGUGGAAAAGAGUCUUUGAAGAAGGUUUGAAGCUUCUUGAAAAUGAACACGCAACAAAGAAGGCUCGAUUGAAUGAAUUGGACAGUCGAAUUAAGGAACUCAUGGAGAAACGUCAAAGCAUUUUGUUGGGAAUUGAAGACUUUGAAAAAAAAAAAAGGCUCGCAAAAGAAAUCAUCUCUUGA